AUGUCGGAAGGAGAGAAGUACGAGGUGUUGGAGAAGAUAGGCCACGGGUCUUUUGGUAUUAUUAGAAAGGUGCGCAGAAAGCAAGAUGGGCAAGUCCUCUGUCGCAAGGAAAUCAACUACGUGAAGAUGUCACAGAAGGAGAGGGAACAACUACACGCCGAGUUCGCUAUACUGUCUUCACUGCGGCAUCCAAACAUCGUUGGAUACUACCACCGAGAACAUCUGAAAUCUACCCAAGAUCUGCAUCUUUACAUGGAAUACUGUGGCAAUGGGGACCUUGGGCGUGUUAUUAAGGACCUUACAAGCAAGAGACAGUAUGCAGAGGAGGGGUUCGUGUGGAGCAUGUUCUCCCAAUUAGUCACUGCGCUGUAUCGUUGUCACUAUGGUGUUGAUCCUCCCGAGGUGGGCAGCAAUGUUAUGGGGCUGGGCAAUACUGCGAGACCUCGACAACCCGCUGGUGGGGUUAUGAUUCUGCAUCGUGACCUGAAGCCCGAAAAUGUCUUCCUGGGAGAAGAUAACUCGGUCAAACUCGGUGACUUUGGUCUUUCCAAAAUCAUGCAAUCCCAUGAUUUUGCCUCUACCUACGUCGGCACACCCUUCUACAUGUCGCCAGAGAUUUGCGCUGCAGAACGAUACACCCUCAAAUCAGAUAUCUGGUCCUUGGGAUGCAUCAUCUACGAGCUCUGUUCACGGGAACCUCCCUUCAACGCCAAGUCGCAUUUUCAACUUGUCCAAAAGAUCAAAGAGGGCAAGGUCGCGCCAUUACCUGCUGUUUACUCCCCCGAACUGAACGCCGUCAUCAAAGACUGUCUCAAGAUCAACCCUGAUCGGAGACCUGACACUGCAGCACUGCUCAACCUUCCUGUAGUGAAACUAAUGCGGAAGGAGAAGGAGGUAGUUGAGCUUGGACGAAUCCUCAGAAACAAAGACGAACUUGCAAAUCGCCGUCUACAAGAGGCCGAGGAGAGACUACGAAAAGUCGAUGCUGAUAAAUCAAACAUGCGUCAAGAUAUUGAGUCCUCCCUGCGGAGGGAAUGGGAGGUUAAGGCCCAGCUGGAAAUCAACCGCCUCGUCCAGAUCGAAAUAGAGAGAUUACAGAGAAAAUUUGACCAAGAAGUUCUGCAGAAGGUGGAGGUUGAAAUGGAAAAGAGAUCAAGUACCGAGAGUGCAUCGUCUCUUAAGGACUUCUGUGGGUCGGGAUCUUUACCUCAACAUAAUGAUUUCCCACUGUCUUCUGUGGGCAGCGGAGACGCAGACUUCCCAGACUCAACGGACCUUACCGAACUAUCCAUUGAUUCUCCGGAGCCAACAAAGGCUCUGAAGAAGAGCACACGCACUCCAUUUAGCCGAGCUCAGACUAUGUUUGCUGGCGGACCAGCCGGUACACCAAUGGAUAUCGAAAUGGCUGAGCCAUCUCCAAUAUCAAUUGCUUCGCUUUCUCUUUCGCCUCGGCGAAACGGUGGUACCAAAGCACCCAGUACAGGUCGCAACAUAUUCGCAGCAGCUGGUGCAGCUGAAACUCGUUGGCAACCAACACUCAUCGACUCCGAUGAUUCGGAUGGUGAUGAUCUCCCUCCAGUACCUUCUCCAACACGCCAAAAAUCAUCAAAGAAUCCAUUCAAAUCAAACGGUGCCCGACCACCAUUGAUUUCUCAGAAGACUGCCCCAAUCAACAAACCUUCACAGAUGCACAUCUUCGCUGCCGCAAAAGCUGCCACGAGCUCAGCUUUACCAACUCUAUGCAGUGCCCCAGACCUUCGACCACAACCCAGCAACGGGGCUCUAAAAGAACGGAGCUCGUCCCCAAAUCGGCGGCUCUCUAAAAUCCCAUCUUCAGCCCAACUGGUCUCACAUGAAAACGUUCCACUGUCCCCAACACGUAAGAGCAGUCUUAAAAGCAAGAACUCCUAUAGCGACGAUCUUAACAAGGUUGCCACAAAGAACAACAUGAUUAAAGCAGGCAGCAGCGGUGGUAACCUCGCUCCUAAAGGCCGCACAUUAGUUGAACUCGCUCAAGCUCGAGCAGGUGGCCGACCAGUGGGUGAUGGGAAUCUGAGCCCUGAACCCAAGGGUCGUGCCUUCGCUGCUCGAAUGGCCGAAAAAGUAGGGUCUAGAGACCAGGAGCCACCGAUUUGGGAUCCGGAGAGAGACGAUAUGCCUAGUCCAUUCUUGGUGAGGACUAAGGCGCCGAAUCGGAGGUUUUGA